UCGCCGGCGGGGCGGGGCGGCCGGGCCCGGGGGCGGGCGGCCGGCGGGCGGCGGGGACGGCGACCCGAGCCCGAGCCCCAGUCGGAGCCGGAGCCGCGGCGGCCGUGGAGCACGGGCGCCGGCGCAGGACCAUGAGGCACGGCCAGCCGAUCCGGGAGUCUGAGCCCUUGUAAAGCUGGCGAUGACAAGUCUGAAUGGUCGCCAUGCCGAGAAAACCAUUGACAUGCCAAAGCCAUCAGCCCCCAAAGUGCACGUGCAGAGGUCUGUGUCCCGAGACACCAUCGCCAUUCACUUCUUGGCAUCUGGGGAGGAGGAGGAGGAAGAGGAGGAGGAGUUCAAGGAGUACCUCACUGAGGGGCUAGACGACCAAAGCAUUGUAACAGCGCUCGAAGCCAAGGAAGACCUCUAUCUUGAACCCCAGGGUGGCCAUGACUCCGUGGGCCCUGCUGCCUCACCCAUCCUGGCAGAGGGACUGCCCGCAUCCCAGGCCCCUGCCAUUUUGCCCGUCUCCGAGAACACUGUAAAGCUGUUGGAGCCCCCUCCUCCGGCAGCACAAGUAUUAAGUACAGUGCCAUUGGCUCUGUCCCCAGGGUCAUCGUUGUCGGGGCCCUUAGCCAGCUCUCCCAGCAUAUCAUCCCUCUCUGAGCAGAAAACCAGUUCUUCCUCCCCAUUGUCCUCUCCUUCCAAGUCCCCCAUCCUGUCAUCCAGUGCCUCAUCCUCCGCCCUGUCCAGCACGAAACCUUUCAUGAGCCUUGUCAAGUCCCUGUCUGUCGAGGUGGAGCCAAAAGAAUCCCUGCACCCCCCCAGGCACAGGCACUUGAUGAAGACCUUGGUGAAGUCCCUGUCCACAGAUACUUCCAGGCAGGAGUCAGAAGCUGUUUCCUAUAAGCCACCUGACUCCAAACUGAACCUACACCUGUUCAAGCAGUUCACACAGCCCCGGAACACAGGUGGAGAUUCCAAAACCGCACCUUCUUCCCCAUUGACCUCUCCCUCUGAUACCCGCUCCUUUUUUAAAGUGCCCGAAAUGGAGGCUAAAAUUGAAGACACUAAACGCCGCCUUUCUGAAGUCAUAUAUGAGCCUUUUCAGCUCCUUAGUAAAAUCAUAGGGGAAGAAAGUGGCAGCCAUCGGCCGAAAGCCUUAUCUUCAAGUGCUUCCGAGCUCUCCAACCUGUCCAGCUUGAACGGGCACCUGGAAAGCAAUAACUACAGCAUCCAGGAGGAAGAGGGGGACUCUGAAGGUGAGGGCUAUGGAAGCGAUCCCAACACCUCCAGGGGUGACCUCCCAAAGGCUACCGAGGAGCCCCCGAGAGAGGCUGAACCCAAAAGUGGCCAGGUGAGCGGCCUGAAGGACUUGGGCUUGAGGACGAGUUCUCUAGUCCUCGAGAAGUGUACCUUGUCAGCCCUGGUGAGCAAAGAAGAUGAAGAGUUCUGUGAGCUGUACACUGAGGACUUUGACCUGGACACAGAGGGGGACAGUAAAAUGGACAAACCCCCAGACGUCCCUGUCCAGCCAAAGGUGCUUGGCGUCGGUGGUGCGGUUCUCGACAGUGAAGACGAGGCAGAAGCAGCCGGGCAGCACCCCGAGUUGCCCGUGAAGACGCUGGGCUUCUUUGUAAUGUGUGUCUAUGGGUACCUCAUCCUCCCCCUUCCCUACUACGUGAGCGGCCUCCUCCUGGGAGUUGGCCUAGGCUUCAUGACUGCGGUGUGCGUGAUUUGGUUUUUUACACCACCAAGUGCUCAUAAACACCACAAGCUGUAUAAGCAUGUGCAGCACUGGAACACAAGGUCUCUGGAUAUCAAAGAGCCUGAAAUCCUAAAGGGAUGGAUGAAUGAGAUUUACAACUAUGAUCCAGAAACUUACCAUGCGACUUUGACGCAUUCAGUCUAUGUUCGACUUGAGGGUGAAACCUUAAGACUUUCAAAGCCCAAUAAAAAUAUAUCCAGGAGGGCGAGCUACAAUGAAACAAAGCCAGAGGUCACCUACAUCAGCCAGAAAAUCUAUGACCUCUCGGACAGCAAGAUUUAUCUUGUACCUAAAAGUUUGGCUCGGAAACGCAUCUGGAAUAAAAAGUAUCCUAUUUGCAUCGAGCUUGGGCAGCAAGAUGACUUUAUGUCAAAGGCUCAGACAGAUAAGGAAACUUGUGAAGAAAAGCCAGCAGCCGAGAGGGAGCUGGCUAAUGAGGACCCCAAGAAGCCGCUGCAACCUCCAGAGGGAACAAGAGCCGGCCAGCGAGAUCAAAUAUUGUACCUCUUUGGGAGAACGGGACGAGAAAAGGAGGAAUGGUUUAGGAGGUUUGUUCUGGCAUCUAAGCUGAAGUCAGAACUCAAGAAGCCACCUGCUGUCCCUGGAAGUAAACCAGGGCUUGUGCCCACCCACAGCAGGCACAGCAGCCCCUCCGGCCACCUGACACAUAGCCGCAGCAGCAGCAAGGGCAGCAUGGAGGAGAUCCUGUCACAGCCCAAGCAGAAGGAGCUGGCAGGCAGCGUGCGGCAGAAGAUGCUUCUCGACUACAGUGUGUACAUGGGCAGGUGUGUCCCCCAGGAAAACCGCAGUCCCCACAGGAGCCCCGUGCAGAGUGUGGAGAGCAGCCCCACAGCUGGGAAAAAGUUGCCAGAAUCUGCCCCCUUGGAGGAGGAAGAACAGGAAGCCUGGGUGAACGCCUUGCUUGGAAGAAUAUUUUGGGACUUCUUAGGGGAGAAAUACUGGUCUGAUCUGGUAUCUAAGAAAAUCCAAAUGAAACUCAGCAAAAUAAAGCUCCCCUACUUUAUGAACGAGCUAACUCUGACAGAACUGGACAUGGGGGUGGCUGUGCCAAAAAUCCUGCAGGCCUUUAAGCCUUAUGUGGAUCACCAAGGACUCUGGAUCGAUUUGGAAAUGUCCUACAAUGGGUCCUUUCUGAUGACUCUCGAGACCAAAAUGAAUUUGACCAAACUAGGUAAAGAGCCUCUUGUUGAAGCCCUGAAGGUUGGAGAAAUUGGCAAAGAAGGUUGCAGGCCCAGGGCAUUCUGUCUGGCUGACAGUGAUGAGGAAUCUUCCAGCGCUGGCUCCUCUGACGAAGACGAUGCCCCAGAGCCUAGUGGGGGAGACAAACAGCUGCUCCCAGGAGCUGAAGGGUACGUCGGAGGUCAUCGGACAAGUAAGAUUAUGAGGUUUGUUGAUAAAAUUACCAAGUCAAAAUAUUUCCAGAAGGCAACAGAGACAGAGUUCAUUAAAAAGAAGAUUGAAGAGGUUUCCAAUACACCCCUGCUGCUGACUGUUGAAGUGCAAGAAUGUAGAGGCACCUUGGCCGUCAAUAUCCCACCACCCCCGACUGACCGAAUCUGGUAUGGUUUCCGGAAGCCACCGUACGUGGAGCUCAAAGCGCGGCCAAAGCUUGGGGAGAGAGAAGUGACUUUAGUUCACGUGACAGACUGGAUAGAGAAGAAGCUGGAGCAAGAGUUUCAGAAAGUUUUUGUCAUGCCAAACAUGGAUGAUGUUUAUAUCCCGAUAAUGCACUCGGCCAUGGACCCUCGCUCCACCUCCUGCCUCUUGAAAGACCCGCCGGUGGAGGCUGCUGACCCGCUGUGCUGAGACCAACGUCCCAGUAUUCUGAGACCUGGCUUAGGCCUGGGGUUCCUGGCUGCCAUCUUGGCUGUGGCACUGACCUUUUCCUGGGCCACAGCUACUGUUUCUCAAAGGAUUGCUUCUGCCCUCUGGUGCCCAUUCCACUGUGAGGUGUCAUUGCCCGCAUCCAGUGACAAGUGUCUGGGUUUCCUGCUGCAAAGGCUGAAUCAUCACGGUGGACUCAAACUUGCAGGUGACUCAUGCUGUGGCUUUUUUCCAGUCUGCCAGUUCUUAUAUCAGGAGCAAAGCUGCACAACUAGAAGGCUC